AUGCCGGCACCAGCGACUGUCGUGCCGUCUCUCGAGACUGCACGUGAGAUCCUCGCGAAAUCAAGAGGUUCCCAGUUCCCUCCCAAUCUCCUUCCCUUGACUGCGUCCAUUCCCGCCGACCUUCUCACGCCGACGGUUGCAUACCUCAAAAUCUCAGCAAAAUCAAAACUUUCCUUUCUCUACGAGAGUGCGGCUACGACGGAGACAAUCGGCAGAUACAGCUUUGUCGGAGCAGAUCCCAGGAAAGUAAUCAAAACUGGUCCCGGUCAUGGCCCCGAGUGUGAUCCCCUCCCCAUCCUGGAGCAAGAGCUCUCCCAGUUCCGCAGCGCAACAAUCCCCGGAUUGACUCUGCCACCACUGACCGGAGGCGCCAUUGGUUACGUGGGUUAUGACUGCGUCAAAUACUUCGAGCCUAAGACGGCUCGCCCUCUGAAGGAUGUCCUCGGCGUCCCUGAGUCGCUCUUCAUGCUCUUCGAUACCAUCGUCGCGUUCGAUCAUUUCUUUCAGGUCAUCAAGGUCAUCACCUACAUUCCGAUCCCGGCAGAUGACUCGGAGUUAGAAGCAGCGUAUCGCAAAGGCCAGGAGACGCUCCAGGCGACGAUCAAUGUGCUGCUGCAUCCAGACAUUCCGCUUCCUCCACAGGGCCCAAUCAAGCCGAAUCAGGAGUACAAGUCCAACAUUGGUCAGGAAGGAUACGAGCGACAUGUUAGACGACUCAAGGAGCACAUUGUAGUGGGGGAUAUCUUCCAAGCCGUCCCAUCACAGCGGCUGGCGCGUCCCACAUCUUUGCACCCCUUCAAUCUCUAUCGCCACCUACGCACCGUCAAUCCCUCCCCUUAUCUCUUUUACAUCGACUGCGGCGAGUUUCAGCUUGUCGGUGCCAGUCCGGAGCUCCUCGUGAAGGAGGAGCAAGGUCGGAUCAUCACCCAUCCUAUUGCGGGGACUGUCAAGCGUGGCAAGACGCCGGAGGAAGAUGCGGCCCUCGCUGCUGAACUGCGUGGAAGUCUCAAGGAUCGCGCUGAACACGUUAUGUUGGUAGACCUCGCUCGCAACGACGUCAACCGGGUUUGUGACCCGAUGACUACGCAGGUAGACCGGCUCAUGGUUGUGGAGAAGUUCUCUCACGUCCAGCACCUUGUAUCUCAAGUGUCAGGUGUGCUCCGUCCUGGGAUGACACGAUUCGAUGCCUUCCGUUCCAUCUUCCCUGCAGGGACCGUCUCCGGAGCCCCGAAGGUCCGGGCCAUGGAGCUCAUCAGCGAACUGGAGGGUGAGAAGCGUGGCGUCUAUGCGGGUGCCGUCGGGUAUUUUGGUUACAACAAGUCCACCACCGAUGGAUCGAAUGAGAUCGCUGGUGAAAUGGACACGUGCAUCGCACUCCGAACCAUGCUAUUGAAGGAUGGAGUGGCAUACUUGCAGGCCGGUGGAGGAAUUGUCUUCGAUUCGGAUCCGUAUGAUGAGUAUGUAGAGACGUUGAAUAAGCUGGGUGCCAACAUUAAGUGUAUCUUGAGCGCCGAGGAGAAGUAUCUGCAACUGGAGAAGGAAGCGGCUGCAGCCCCAAACACCAAUGAUGCGAAUGGGCUGGCGUGA